GAAGCAGGCUUCUCCAACUCGGUCACCUCAAACAAGCCUGCACAGUGCAUCAGGCCACCUCCCGCUUUCGAUCAGGAGCCCACGGCUUCCUCCCUCUUCUACAACAAAAGACCCCUUAAAUCAACCGUCACCACCAACCGAAAUGCCACCUGCAAAUAUCCCCGCAUCCGACACUUCAAGCUCAGGCGGAGCUCCCCCCGGCGCCGUGAACAUCGCAUCUCUCUCCGUGCCUCAACUCCGCGCCCUCCAAACCCGCCUCACCUCGGAGCUUGAGCACCUAACCACCUCGCAUCAGAAACUGCGCGCCGCGCAAUCCAGAUUCCGUGAUUGUGUGCGGUCCAUCAAUGAUGGGGUCGUGGGGUCGGAGAAGAAGGGAACAGCUGGGAAGGAUGAUAUACUGGUUCCCUUGACUAGCUCGCUGUAUGUGAGGGGUAAGCUCGCGGAUCGAGGAAAAGUGCUUGUUGAUGUUGGAACGGGCUUUUAUGUUGAGAAGACAGCACCGAAGGCCAUUGAGUUCUACGAAGAUAAGGUCAAGGGUUUGGAAACCAAUUGCGUCGAGCUGGAGAAGAUUGUACAGACUAAGAGUGCUCAAUUGAGACUCUUUGAAGAUGCUCUGAGACAAAAGAUGCUAAGCGGUGAAGCUGUCCCAUCUUCAACCGCAGCUGCAGGCGCUGGCUAAUUCCAUCGCACAACCUUUGUGACGAGGGCGCUUAUGGUACAGUCUCCAGAUUGAAAUCAGUUAACAUCCUUAGAAUUAUAUGAUACCUGUUGCAAGCC